AUGCCUACUAUCAACUUCACUUUGAAGUAUCUACAAGAAGACCAUGUGUACUCCAGCUUCAAUACUGCACCAAAACUUAUCUUAAUAACCUUACUCGUGAGUCUUCUUUUGUUAGGUUUCUACAUGAUCAAGAGAAGUUCAUGUGGAGUUUACUUAAUAGACUUCGCAUGCUACAAGCCCCCGGAUGCUCAAAAGUGCACAAAACAGUUCAUGCUCGACAAAGCAAAGCACAGUGGAUAUUUCUCAGAAGAAACUGUGUAUUUCAUGAGGAAGGUUCUAGGCAAAUCAGGAAUUGGUGACUCGACCUAUUUAGCAGAGGUAUACCUGGCAAAUAUUCCUGAUCCCUGCAUGAAAGAAUCAAGAAGGGAAAUGGAAUUGUCUGUUUUUGGAUCGAUAGACAUGUUGUUGGCUAAAACAGGGGUACGAUGUGAGGACAUUGGAAUACUGGUUGUGAAUUGUUGUAUUUAUAACACUAUGCCAUCUCUUUCUAGCAUGAUAGUGAACAGAUAUAAGCUUAAAGAAAGCAUCAUCAGCUAUAAUGUUGUUGGUAUGGGAUGCAGUGCAGGACUCAUGGCGAUAGGACUUGCAGAACAGCUACUUCAGGUGCAUCAUGAUUCCUAUGCGUUGGUGAUGAGUACAGAGAGCAUUACCGAGAACUGUUACCUUGGAGACGAUCGUUCCAAGUUCCUUACCAACUGCCUCUUCCGCGUCGGCGGAGCGGCGAUCCUCCUCUCAAAUCGUCCUUCUGAUCACAACAAUUGCAAAUACAAACUCCUCCACACUGUACACACCAACGAAUCGAGUUCCGACAGGUCGUACAACUGCAUCGUUCAGGAAGAAGACGACGCUGGGAGAAGAGGCAUCACUGUUAAUAAAGACCUCUUCAAUGCCGCAUCCACCGUCGUCAAAUCAAACGUAACUGCGCUAGGUAAGCUUAUCCUUCCGGUGUCAGAAAAACUCAUGUACCUAACAAAUAACAUCGCCAGAAAACUCCGGCCAAAGGCGGAUAUCCAACCUUAUAUACCAGAUUACAGCAAAUCCGUCGAACUCUUCCUCCCGCAUGUUGGCGGGAAGCCUAUGCUAGACGAAUUACAGAAAAACCUAGGGUUUGAUGAGAACGCCAUGGAAUCUUCUAGAAUGACGCUGUAUAGGUUCGGCAACACCUCUAGCAGCUCCAUUUGGUACGAACUGGCGUACGCAGAGGCAAAGGGUCGGGUCAAAAAAGGGGACCGGGUAUGGCAAAUUGCAUUUGGGUCGGGCUUCAAGUGUAGUAGUGUUGUGUGGCGUGCAUUGAGGACCGUUGAUUAUGAUGAGAUGAAUCUUUGGACGGACGAGAUUGAUGAGUUUCCAGUCGAUGUAGAUUGCGAUGAUGGACCAUUACCCAUAUUUUUUGAACGCUCAAAAUAAUAGGAAUCAUAAAAUUAUGGUAUGAUGUUUAAGUUAAAUAUAAUAAAGUUGUUUCAUGGGAAUGUUUGAUAAAACGUAAUUAUCAUUGUCCAGUUAUACUACUUUAUA